CCCUCCUUCUCUCCUCAUUCCUCAACCUCGCCCCCCUCCUUUGCCCCAGGAUAUCGGAUUGAGGAAGAUGGAAUUCGGCUUAGGAAGCGGCGGCGGCGGCGGCGAUGAGUCUGCACGGCGAGUUCAAGUGCGGUUCACCACCAAGCUCGGGCCGCCGCUUCGGGUGCCCUCGGCAUCUCUAGCCGUCCCAUCCAACCUCACACGGAUGGGCCUCUCCGAGAUCGUAAAUCUCCUCCUUAAGAACGUUAACGACGAGCACAAGGUCCAACCUUUUGAUUUCCUGAUCGUCGGGGAAUUGGUCCGACUGCCACUUGAGGAUUUCCUGCUGGCCAAGGGAAUCUCGGCGGAGAAAGUGCUUGAAAUUGAGUACAUAAAGGCCAUAGCUCCAAGGAAGCAGCCAAAUCCUUCGUUACACGAUGACUGGGUUAGUUCUGUGGACGGCUCUAAUCCAAGUUACAUAUUAACAGGUUGUUAUGAUGGCAUUGCAAGGCUGUGGAAAGGAGGUGCUGAGUGUACACAUAAGCUAGCAGGGCACACUGGUGCAAUUACUUCUGCUGUUAUAAUUAAUGGAAAAGAUGAUAGUAAACAUACCUUCCACAUUGCCACUGGGUCAAAAGAUAGGUCAUUGAGGUUGUGGAAGGUUCUACUGUCUACCAACUUUGAUGGCAUUGACUAUUCAGAGCAACCAGUGAAUGUCAGAGAAUCAAAAAUUCUACAAGGACACACAGCUUCUGUUCAGAGCGUCUCUUCAGAUCCUUCAGGAGACAUGAUUUGCUCAGGUUCCUGGGAUGGCACUAUUAAGUUGUGGGAAGUGAAGAACUCCGAUGCAGAUGGUGAUAGUGUAUCUAUAAAGAAAAGAAGACUAAUAUCUAACACUGCAAAUCAAGUAGAGUCACAGUUGGAGGGUGUGGCUGUUACAACCCUUGUGGGGCACUCACAGUCAGUGUCUUCCGUAAUUUGGCCAGAGCAUGAAACAAUAUAUUCAGCAUCAUGGGAUCAUUCUAUUCGACAUUGGGAUGUAGAAACUGGCAAAGAUACAUGGAACAUGAUGUGUGGGAAAGUUCUGAAUUGCCUCGAUGUUGGUGGCGAGAGCUCUGCUCUCAUUGCCGCAGGUGGCUCUGAUCCUGUCCUCCGUGUUUGGGACCCUCGCAAACCAGGAUCUCUGGCUCCUGUUUUCCAGUUCUCAUCCCAUUCAUCUUGGAUCACAGCUUGCAAGUGGCACCGGAAGUCAUGGUUCCACUUGUUAUCAGCUUCUUAUGAUGGGAAGGUGAUGCUAUGGGAUCUUAGAACCGCGUGGCCAUUAGCAAUCAUUGAUUCACACAAAGACAAGGUAUUAUGUGCGGAUUGGUGGAAGGAUGACUCUAUCAUUAGUGGAGGAGCUGAUUCUAAGUUACUCGUAUGUUCUGGAGUGUCAAUUUAAUAGAAUGAACGAAUGCAAGAGUAUCCUCGAUAACCGGUUGAAUGUUCCAUCUCAGACGGGAGAGCUGUAACGUAUUAUCCGCGGCUGGUUGGAAUAGAUGAGCAUUCAUCGUUUCCAAAUUGAACAAAGAUUAUUCAUCACUUGUAACUACAACUGUGUUACGCUAGACUAAACAGUAUUGCAAGUUUUUCCAUUUUUGAACGACGCUGAAAAAUAUGUUCUCCAUUUUUGCCUGGAUUGAGAAUUUACUUAGCAUAGAGGA